UCGCUGCAGGCAUCAGCUUCUGUUUCUUCUUCUGCUGCGGAACUGUUCUGUCUGGGUCCUCUGUUUGAGUCUUUCAGCGGGAGGGACUGAUGGUGAACUAUUUCCCUUCUUGUGAGGUGCUCUACAGACAAAUCGUGCCUUAGGCUAAGGUAUCUGCAAUACGUGUCUCGUAUUUCUGUGCGGCUCAAGCUAACAUAUGAGAUUUGGAGGAAACCUCAAGAGAACAUCCACCAUGUGGUUCACCGACCGGGCGAAUAUCAUAUCUACCCUCUUCCUUACAAUCCCAUCGCUUUCGUCCGCAUUCUAUCUACCUGGUGUAGCACCCACUUCGUACGAUGAAGGUCAGACUGUGCCUCUCUACGUCAACCACCUUACACCCGGCCUAGCGCGGCAGGAUGACCAGCUUCAUUCUGUAUUCUCCUACGACUACUACUAUCCGCCGCUUCAUUUCUGUCGUCCGAAAGAUGGGAUUAAAGAUGUCCGUGAGUCCUUGGGGAGUAUCCUUUUCGGUGACCGGAUCCACACAUCACCCUUCGAAUUACACAUGGCGCAAAACGAAAGCUGCAAGGCACCAUGUGAGCAGGUCGUAUUUGAUGGUCGGAGUGCCUCGUUUACAAACCGCCGGAUAUCGCAAGGCUACAACAUCAACUGGCUGAUUGAUGGCCUGCCUGCGGCGCAAUUGAACUUGGAUGCUGUGACGGAGACCAAGUUUUACAGCCCUAGUUUUGCAUUGGGAACGUUGAGCGAAGAGAGCGGACAGCCGCUGCUUAACAACCAUUUCGAUAUCCUGGUCGAAUACCACCGUGUGAGCACAGGAGGCAAGGAUAAAUAUCGGGUUGUCGGAGUGCUCGUCGAACCGCGAUCCCGGAGCGACAACAAACUCCUCGAGGAUGGAUCCGCGCACUGUGGUACUGACGGUGCUCCCGUGGUGCUGAGUGAGGAUGGUGAUACCCCGGUUACCUGGACUUACAGUGUGACAUGGCGUGAAUCGUCAACUGCAUGGGCCACUCGCUGGGACAAGUAUCUGCACGUCUACGAUCCGAAGAUCCACUGGUUCUCCCUCAUAAACUCGGCUGUCUUUGUGGUUUUCUUGGUUGGCAUGGUCAGCAUGAUCCUUCUCCGAGCCCUCAAGAAGGACAUUGCGCGAUAUAACCGGUUAGAUGCAAUCAAUCUGGAUGACCUUGACGGGACCUCGGCUGCGAUUGAGGAUGGGAUCCAGGAGGAUUCGGGAUGGAAAUUGGUUCACGGCGAUGUUUUCCGAUCCCCCAAGGCCCCUUUGCUGCUGAGUGUACUUCUGGGCAACGGAGCGCAGCUGUUUAUGAUGACCGGAGUAUCAGUUGGUACGGUAGACCGGGUGUUUUCAUUUAUUCCUUUCGACCCACUCAAUAAAUUAUACUAACUGUUCGUUUUUAGUUUUUGCACUGCUCGGCCUUCUUUCCCCUGCUAACCGUGGUUUCCUGGCUACCGCUAUUCUCCUCAUUUACACCUUGUUUGGUUUUGUCGGAGGCUAUGUAUCGGCACGCGUCUACAAGUCCUUUGGCGGGGAGGCCUGGAAGCGGAAUAUUGUCCUUACUCCUGUGCUAAUACCAGGAUUCGUAUUUGCCAUAUUUUUCCUGCUUAACCUGUUUGUAUGGGCGAAAGGUUCUAGCGGGGCCGUGCCCUUCACGACGAUGCUGGCGCUUCUGCUUAUCUGGUUUGUUAUCAGUGUGCCGCUCAGCUUUGCGGGUAGCUGGCUUGGGUUUAAGAGAACGGCUAUUGAGGGACCGACCAAAACGAAUCAAAUCCCACGUCAGGUUCCUCCUAUGACCGGUACCCUCCGGACGGUCCCGUCCCUCUUGCUGACGGGUAUCCUUCCCUUCGGGGCUAUCUUUGUUGAGCUCUACUUCAUCAUGACCUCUCUCUGGACCAACAAAAUCUAUUACAUGUUUGGAUUCCUGUUCCUGUGCUACGGCUUGAUGAUCAUUACUUCUGCAGCUACCACCAUCCUCCUGGUGUACUUCUUACUGUGCGCAGAGAACUACCGGUGGCAGUGGCGGUCCUUCAUCGGAGCCGGGAUGACGGGAGGCUACGUGUUUCUCAAUGCGCUCAUCUUCUGGGCGACAAGGGUCAGCUUUGGCGGCUUGACCGGAGCGGUUCUUUACGUGGGAUACUCUGCAUUGAUCGGGUUUCUUGUUUUCAUUCUGACGGGAUCAAUUGGGUUCUUCGCCAGCUGGGCCUUUGUGCAUCGCAUUUACAGCUCGAUAAAAGUUGACUAAGCGUUGCUCCCAUGUGGAGUUGGGGUUUGCCUCUUUCUGUUUCUCACUUGGCUUCAGCCACCGGCGUCCUGCCAAGUUCUUGCACUCUUGGGGAUCCACAGCCCGGCUCACGACUGGGCAUUUGAAACAACUGGAGUGUGUUUCAUCAAAGGCCAGACUUUCCCGCAGGCCGAUCAUGCUAUACCCCCCAUUUUUCUUCUUUUCGUCUUCAUUCUCGUGUGGCCCAAAAGAGGUUGGCAUAAAAUGGUGGUCUGCGUCACAUCUUGGAGAGAGAUGUAUGUCAUUUGAUUGAUGCCGGAUGGACCCGUUGCAUGUGGCACAUUAUUUUUGUAUUAUUUUUUCUUUUUUUUUCUUUUUUUUUUUUUUUAAAUUUUCAUUUCCAUGGUUUCCUUCAAGGUUUCAUUUUCGGAGGCAUGGAACUUGCCUUUUUUCGUGUGUAUUGUAUAUGUAUAAGAUGCAUGAGUUAGGGGGGAACAAUUCUCGGCGACGAGAAGAUUCUCCAGCAGAAUCCAAGCCUUUCGACUGGAUAGAGUAAGCUGUA